AUGCAAAACCUCCAUCAACCACCUUCCGCCACCGCCACCGCCACCGCCACCACCACCGCCGCCGCCACCACUACUCUGAAGCUUUCCACUCCCUGCAUCCUCCUUACCACCACAUUCAUAUCUCUCUUCCUAAUCUACUCCUUCUCUGCAUCCACUUCUCCAUCACUUCCUCCACGUCAUCCUUCACUCUUCCCUCCCAACUCUCCUCACCGUCUCCUCUUCCUCAACGCCCCCGCCGGCGACACUUCUGGCGAUGCCGGAAAAAACCCACUUGCCCCUCCCACUCCUCCUUCCAUUGCCUACCUCAUUUCCGGAUCCUGUAAUGACACGGGUCGGAUUUUCCGGCUACUGCUAGCAAUCUACCAUCCCAAGAAUACUUACCUCCUGCACCUUGAUUUCAGAGCUUCUCAAGAUGAACGGGAUUCUUUAGCUCGCAAAAUCGAAUCUUUUCCACUGUUUAAAGCUGCCCAGAAUGUCAAUGUUGUAGGAAGGGCUGAUGUUGUUUAUAGAGAUGGGUCGUCUUCUGUUUCUUCAAUUCUUCAUGGAGCUUCCAUUUUGAUGCGGAUUUCUGAUAAUUGGGAUUGGUUCAUCAAUCUCUCUGUUGAUGAUUACCCACUUGUUACUCAAGAUGAUCUUUUGCACAUAUUGUCAUAUUUGCCUAGGGACCUCAAUUUCGUUAACCACACAAGCUAUAUUGGAUGGAUUGAGUCGAGGAAGUUGAAACCAAUAAUAGUUGAUCCUGGGCUGUAUUUGACAGAGGAAAAUGAGGUGUUUUAUGCCACUCAGAAAAGGCCUCUCCCAGAUGCAUUCCAUCUGUUCACUGGUUCAUCAUCAGCUAUUUUGAGCCGCAAGUUCAUUGAAUUCAACAUCUUAGGUACAGAUAAUCUGCCUAGGACUGUGUUGAUGUACCUGGCAAACACCCCGGCCUCAGAAUCUGUUUACUUUCCGACAAUUCUGUGUAAUUCUCGGCAGUUCAAUAGAACUACAAUCAAUCACAGCUUGCAUUAUGUUUCUUUAAACCUAAGAAAGGAUCCCAUCCCACUUAAUAUGAGUUACUACAAUGAUCUAGUACGGAGUGGAUCAGCUUUUGCUUCCCCUUUCCUUCCAAAUGAUCCCAUUCUAGAUAGGAUAGACAAAAAAAUUCUUCACCGUGCUCCUGAAAAACCUGUGCCUGGGGGCUGGUGUUUAGGUGAUCCUGGGCGCGAUGUGUGCAAGGUUUGGGGUGAUGCCGAUGUUUUGAGGCCGGGCAAGGGAGCUAAAAGGCUUGAAAAACGCCUUGUUGGUCUUCUAUCCAGAGAAACACUUCAGUCCCACCAAUGUGUUGUUGAUAACUCAUGA